UCAGAUAUAAAUGCUGAAGAAGAAGUAUCUAGUCUUAAAAAGAUUACACUCUCCUUAGCUUGAAUCCUUGCUCUAGGCAAGACUAGUUAGCCUAAGGAAUUCAACCAACUAACUUUACUCCGUACUUGGAAUCUAACCCUGUUAGUUCUUAGAAUAGUUUUACAUUCCUCCCUUGACAUGUCUUGGAGAGAGUUCAAUACUGAAGAAAAAACUACAAGAGAAGAAUAUAAGAAUAAUACUAGUGAGUGAUAUGUAUCUGUAAUAUAAUUGUGACAGUGUAAAGAUCCUGUAGUGUUCUAAUCCUAGUAUGGACAUGAGUGAACUAGCCUGAUAUCCUGGGAUGAGUGGAAUGAGAAUAUUUCUGAUUCUGCUACUGCUGGUUAGCGGAGCUCCGGCCAACUCAAUUAUUCAAGGGUUGAAUGUGAGCACAAUAGAGGUGAUGGAAGGAGGAAGAGUAGAUCUCCCCUGUAAUAUUUCUCCUUUAAGAAGUUCUGACAAAGUGAGUCUAAUCCUGUGGUUUAAAGAAGAUGAAGGGAAACCUAUUUACAGUGUUGAGGUUCCCCCAGGUUCAGAUCUAGGUUCUCUACCCCCUCAAUCCUACUGGUCCAGCUCAGAUCAUUUCUCAUCAAGAGCUAGGUUUAGAGGAGAUGAGCUUUCUCUGACAGGACUCAAGUCAGUAGAGUCAGGAACCUACAGGUUAGUAUCCGGUAGCAGCUAAAUACAGGGAUACAGUGCAGAUGCAGGGAUACAGGGAUACAGGG